UAGGGGCGGUUGGGUAAAGUGAAAUGUGGCGUUGGUGUGGUGGUGGUUCCGGCGAGCGAGGAAGUCGGUUUGACACACAUUCCAUUUGAAAAUGAUGAUCGGAUCGGAUCAGUAACAAACAGAAACGGCAUCUCUCUCUCUCUGCUGCUUCCAUGGCUCAGAAUCAGCUUAUCGAUUCCCUCACAUCUCACAUCUCCCUCUACCACUCUUCUUCCACUUGUUCCUCCUCUUCCUCAACACCUAAUCAUCAGCCUAGGUCCGCGAUCCUCCGAUGGUUCUCUUCUCUGAGCGUCCACCAGCGCCUCUCUCACCUCACCUUCGUGGAUCCCAAGUUCGUCAAAAUUCUACUCCAGAUGCUGGGGUAUAUCCGCACCAAAGGCCAUGGCUCUUUCAUCAUCCUCCCUGACCUCCCUUCCCUCGAUCUCGAUCUCGAUCUCGAUCUUCCCAGUCUCUGCUUCAAGAAGUCCCGUGGAUUGAUCUCCCGCGUCGCCCUCUCCAACGCCUCUCAGCGUUCCCUUUUCGACUCCACUCGUCUCUUCGCUUCCUCCGAUUGCUCUUCCUCUUCCUCCCUCGAUUCCGUCGUCAUGGCCGAGGAGCUUCUUACUAAUGUGGAUCACUUCGUGGACACUAUGGACGCUUUAUCUAAUGGCGCUUUCUUGAGAGGAGGAGGGGAAGAUACUGACCUCGCCUCCUCCGAUUGGGUUGAACUUGAGUGGCUCAAAGCCAAAGGCUAUUAUACCAUGGAAGCCUUCAUCGCUAAUAGGUUAGAGGUUAGCUUGAGAUUAGCUUGGUCCUCUAAUGGUAAUGGUAAUGGGAAGAAGAAGAAAAGAGGAGGAGGGAUCAAACUCAAAGAUAAAUUGAAUGCUGCUGCUAUGUCAGCUAAUGCGUAUUGGAGGACCAAGGCCUGUGCUGACUGGUGGCUCAAUCUCGACACCGCAACACAGAAGCAAAUCUGGACUUGCUUGCUCGGGAAGUCUGCUAAAUCUGUGAUACAUGAGAUUCUUAGAGAAGCAAAUCAAGCACCCCAGGCAGAAAUGUGGCUCUUCAAUUUUGGCGGAGGCACUGCAAGGACAAAAACUACUUCAUUCUGUGACUUGGUUUUCGAACAAACCUCUGUAUCAAAGACACCUAAUGCCUUAGCCACUAAACUUAGUGGAUUAUACGUGCUUCAAGAAUUUGCUUCAUUACUCCUCUUAUCUCAAAAUGGCUCACUUUCUGCACAAACUAUAUUCUUCAGCUCAUUGGCUUCUCUCACUACUUUGGCUGAUUGUAUAUUAAGAAAACUGCGCGGUUUUCUUAUGGUACUCUCUGUUGAUUCUGUUAAACGUGAGCUUCUUGAAGAAAAUACUCCAAAGUCUUCCACAAGUUCAUCUUCCAAGCAGAUUCCUGGUCCAACCAGCCGUAAACACAAAGGAAAGACCGGAAACACGAAAAAGCCAACCCCUGAGGCUAAAUCGGAUAGAAACGUUAGUUUGUCCGCGAAAAUCAUCAAGAAAGACCAAGCUAAGUUGGAAUCUCACAAAAACAGAUACGCGGUAGAAUGCAAGAACGCUCCUACAUCAUCAACAAUGGUCAAUAAUUCUAAGGCCGCUGCAGCAAAUAUGGAAGCUCUCCCAGGAUUGGUUGCCGACAAAGGAAGAACUAAAAAGAAAAGGAGAGAAAGGAAUAAGAAUAAUAAUAAAAAGUGUACAAGUUUGGAAAACACCAGGGAAGUGAAUAAGUCUGUCGUGAAUAGUUCAGCCAUGGAAAAAGCUCCCGAAUGUGAAUCAAUUUGUACUUCUGCCAAUCAACUUCCUCUGGAGCAUAUAGAUGCUAUGAGUACUGGAGUUAGCUGUGAUAGGAAUGGUUCAAGGGAAGGUGCAGUUAAAUGUGAGAAUUCUAGAGAGGAAGAAUUGAACGGAAAAGCUGGAACGUGUGUGAUUUCAAAAGUUUUGACUUCUACAGAUUCUGCCGGUACUUCAAGCUGUGAUAACGUGAACUCUCAAAAGUCUUGCUGUCCAGGUGAACGUAAAGACAUAUUGUCAUCGUCUAAUGGACGAUCCAGAACUCUGGAGGAAGGGGAAUCCCAGCGGAUCCACCAUCCGAGAAGAGAAGCAGCAGGUUAUGGUAUUGCCUCCAGCAGUUCAGAAUUUGUUUCUUAUGAGUGGCCUGCUAUAGCACCUAUGUACUUUCCACAUGUUAAUUCUCACCUUCCAACUGCGACUGAUAGACUGCAUCUUGAUGUUGGUCACAAUUUGCAUGCAUAUGUACGCCAACCUUUCGUCUCAACUGUUCAUCAUGCUAGAAAUCCUUCUAUUGAAGGGACCCACAAACAAGUUCUUCCUCGACCCAUGCCCAUGAGUCUAGAUUGGCCUCCCAUGGUUCAUAGCAAUUGCGGCUUGACAACAGCAUUCGCUUGCAAUUAUGAUUCUGGAAUUCUUCUGGACAUUCCUGAACAGAAAAAUAAGCCUGAGAUAGGGAAUGAGUGCGAGAGUAAUUGGAUGCUGGAGGAAGAUUUUGAGAUGCACACUGUUUCUGGAGUAGACUAUAAUCAAUAUUUCGGUGGGGGAGUGAUGUAUUGGAAUCCGUCUGAACAUCUAGGGACUGGCUUUUCUCGCCCUCCGUCCCUUAGUUCUGAUGAUAGCUCUUGGGCUUGGCAUGAAGCUGAAAUGAAGAGGUCGGUUGAUGACAUGGUUGCGUUUUCGUCUUCUUACAGCGCAAAUGGACUAGCUUCUCCGACUUCCGCAUCCUUCUGUUCCCCUUUUGAUCCCUUAGGCCCGGCAAACCAGCCUCUUGGUUAUGUUGUGCCAGGUAAUGAGAUAUCUACUAAAGUAUUGCAAGCUCCCCCUACAACAAGUGAAGCUGCAGGUGAAGAGGAUGUCUCUGGAACUUUGACUAGUUUAUCUGGGGAUGUUGAAGGAAAUUCUGGAGACUCUUUUCCUUAUCCGAUUUUGCGGCCCAUCAUCAUCCCAAAUAUGUCGAAAUCUGAAUACAAGCGUAGUUAUGAUACCAAAAGCCCAAAUCCUACAAGGCGCGAGCAUCCUCGUCUAAAGCGACCACCAUCACCUGUAGUGCUAUGUGUUCCACGUGCUCCUCGUCCACCACCACCUUCACCUGUGAGCAACUCCAGAGCACGGCGAGGUUUCCCAACUGUGAGGUCUGGAAGUUCAAGCCCAAGACAUUGGGGUAUGAGAGGCUGGUUUCAUGACGGUGUAAACUGGGAAGAACCUUGUGGAGCGGAGGUUGUUUUACCCUGGAGGAACAAAAGCCUUGCAGUCAGGCCAAUCAUUCAACCUCUACCUGGGGCCCUCCUUCAAGAUCACUUAAUUGCAAUGUCGCAACUAGGCCGAGACCAGGAGCAUCCUGAUGUGGCCUUCCCUUUGCAACCACCCGAGUUAUUGAACUGUCCAACGCAAGGGGAAUCUCAAUCAUUGAUACACGGUCUUCUGAAUGACGAGAUAGAUUCUUUCUGCAAGCAGGUUGCUACAGAGAAUAUGUCCCGCAAACCUUAUAUCAAUUGGGCAAUCAAGCGGGUUACCAGAUCUCUCCAAGUUCUGUGGCCCAGGUCUAGGACGAACAUAUUUGGCUCAUCUGCAACUGGUUUGGCCCUCCCUUCGAGUGAUGUGGACCUUGUGGUUUGUCUUCCUCCAGUGAGAAACUUGGAACCUAUCAAAGAGGCAGGAAUUUUGGAGGGUCGCAAUGGUAUAAAGGAGACAUGCCUUCAGCAUGCAGCCAGAUAUCUGGCUAAUCAAGAGUGGGUAAAAACUGACUCCCUGAAGGCGGUUGAAAAUACAGCUAUACCAAUUAUCAUGCUUGUUGUGGAAGUCCCUUGUGAUCUGGUAUGCAGUAUACAGUCACCAAAAGAUGGCCCAGACUGUAUCACCGUUGACCAAGACAGCAAUAGUAACACUGAUAUGGUUGGAUUUGAAGACUCUGCAGCAGCAAACUCUUUGCCGACAAAGAGUGGAAACUUGGCAAAUGCAAAAUGUGUCCGCCUUGACAUCAGUUUCAAAACGCCAUCGCAUACGGGUCUUCAAACCACACAACUGGUGAAAGAUCUGACAGAGCAAUUUCCAGCUGCCACACCACUUGCUUUGGUGUUAAAGCAGUUUUUGGCUGAUCGUACCCUGGAUCAAUCAUACUCCGGUGGAUUAAGCUCUUACUGUCUGGUCUUACUGAUUACACGUUUUCUUCAACAUGAGCAUCAUCUGGGGCGCUCUAUCAACCAAAACAUUGGGCGGCUUCUAAUGGAUUUUCUUUACUUUUUUGGUAAUGUUUUUGAUCCUCGGCAGAUGCGUGUCUCAGUGCAAGGAAGUGGUAUCUAUAGGAAUCGGGAGAGGGGUCAUAGUAUUGAUCCGAUACACAUCGAUGACCCUCUUUUCCCAACAAAUAAUGUCGGGAGAAAUUGCUUCCGUAUACAUCAAUGUAUUAAGGCAUUUUCUGAAGCUUACUCUGUUUUGGAGAAUGAGCUCACAUGCGUUACUAGUUCUAGUGAUUCGUGCGAAAAGCAGCUAUACAAGUUGCUUCCGAAAAUAAUUCCAAGUAUCAUUUCCGCUUAGGAAUCGACAUGGUGUUUUCUGUGGUGUCCAACGUCUGGAAGUUUGCAAAAUGCUGAUGAUUGCAAGCGCGCUGGUUAGCUGUGGAUUCGAGGCUGGGAAGCUUACUUAUACGAGUCCAAAUUGAUAGGCCUCCAGAUUUGCUUACAUUAUGUUGUUGAUGUAAGGAAACUACAUGCAUAGGCUUGGUCAGCAGCCUAACCAACCAAGUAAGAAAAUGCACUGGUUGAGCCGGUAUAAACGUUUCAAGACUGGGACAGACUGACAACACGACUGAGUGAGAGGGGGGAAGCUUUGGGAGAAUGGUUGGAUCACGGCUCUGAUCUGAGGAAUGAUGUCGCAAUUUCAGAAAACUAUGAUAUCGAGGUGUAUGGUUAAGCCUACUAUGUCUCUCGACAUGAAAUUGUUCCGUUUCUUCAUUUGAUACCCACUAACUAAAUACUAUUGGGGUGAAUGAAGCCUAUAUGUAUGAUGGCCACGUUAGUUUUGUUCCUUCUUUUGCCAAAAAAUAAGGAGAUAAUUGAAUACACUUUGUUGUGCUUCUCA